AAGCCAUGUCUGUGCACUGGGUGUCGCUCCUAACAGUGUGGUGUUGCUGCUCGCCUCAUCUCUCUGUGUCUCCAGUCCAGCACCAACAGGAACGUUUCAGACCAAAUGUCUUGAACGCCACUUUUGGCUUUCUGUCAAGUCCAGCUUCCUCGGCCCGAUGACCCGUUUUCACUUUGAAGAUCAGCAUGGACUCCACUUCCUGUCUGAUCAGGAGGCCUCGCUCUGUGGUUACACCGUCCUAAUCAAUGAUGUUGGAGACCUGGUGUUUCGUGCCUCCUUCCUGGCCUGUCACGUCCACAGCAAGAGAGGCGCAGACUAUCACCUGCGUCUUUGGUUUGUGAACCUGCAGGCUGAUGGGAAGGUGGCGGCGGCGUAUCCCUUCCAGCUCCACUGCUCACUCCGGGGGCGUUGGAGCACCAGAGAGAUCGUCUGUGAAGAAAACUAUAUGGAGGUGUCCAUCCAGCAGCCUAUCCUGCCCAUUACAUCCAAAAAUGGGAAGAAGGGAGCUGAGGAGACAGACGUGGCCGUGAUGUUCCACAGAGACGACCUGCCGCCAGAGGAAGCGAGGGUCUUGUCCCUGACGGAGGCUGCCUCUCUGGGCUACCACAUCUCACUACGUGGCUCUCACCUCCUCCUCCGCUGUCUCUACUCCUCCCCUCUCUCAUACUUUGUCAAGGAGAGGGGAGUGGAUGUAGAGAUUGUCAGAGCAACCAUCCUGUACCGACUCCAGAGCAACUUCCUAGCUGUUGACAUCACUGUUGCCUGUGCUCUGAAUGAGGCUUCAGCAGAUGGGACUGACCUGCUGUGGACUGUUCCUUAUAUUCUGUCUGCGUUAGUCCACGGUCAGUUCAGGGACAGAGGCAUGAGGAUGGAAGUGGACGGCCGGGAUCUGAGUGAGUCUGAACAUAAAGAGAGAGGAUACAAGAUCGGCCUGCAGGACGGGACAGUGGAGGUCAGGAUCCCUUUAGGAGCCCAUGGUGGACACGUUAAGAGUGGUGUUGUGAGGGGACAGUACAGUCAGUCCAUGUCAGUGGAUCUGUUCUUCAUGAGUCAGUGGGAGGACGAGCGCUGGCCUCUCACACAGCAUCGCUCCUUCAGGCUCGUCAAGACUCCUCUCAUCCCACAAAUCCCAGUCUUCACCAACAACACAUUCCCAUCUGAGGGAUUGUUCUCCGUCACUUUAGGCGUCUUUGCGCCGGAUGUUUCCCUCGAGAAGGUGACAGUAAUUGGCGGCGGUGACCUUUUAACCUGGACCCAGAGUGACACAGACGUCCUCAGCGUCCUCCACUCCAACGGGAGCCACUCCUACCAGCUCCGUUACCUGUUGUCACACCCAAACAUAAUCCCAGAGUAUAUAGGUGAUGGCUAUGAGAUGUACAGCCUCUCUUUCACCUUCACUCUUAACAUCUCACCCAGUGGAGAGGUAUUUUACCAUCACGCCACUAUAGAGCAUAGUGUUGAUUACGCAGCUCCAGGUUCCCCAAAACUGGAGGGGAAGUGCACAGAGAGCAGCCUGCUGGUGCUGCUGCACCACGGGGCCCAGACGGAGCUGCAGUGGGAGCUCUUCCUCGGAGCUCGCAAGCUGGACUGGGACCUGGUGGAGAUGGGUGGGUUCGUGGUGGAGGCGGAUGAGGACUACUUGACUGUGGAGAUCCCCCUCUACAGCCCUGGGAUGAACUAUGUGGAGCUGACAUUGCAGGGUCUCGUCUCUGGAGUGGAAGUGUCUGUUGUGGACGCAGAGUCUCUGAAAGUGGAGGACAGUCUUGUCCAUGAAUGCACCUUUCCUGUUAGAGAACUACUAGCGUGUUUGCCAGAAGGGAGGAUGGUGGCAGUAGUCGACACCACCCACACCAUCCCGCCCACUCCCCCCAACCGGACCACCUUAUUGGACCCCAGUUGUGUUCCCAUGGAGACGGACAGCGCCAGAGCCCUGUUCAGCUUCAGCCUGGACUCCUGUGGGACGACUGUAACCACUGAUGGGAAUGUUCUCGUUUAUGAAAACCAGAUCAGUUAUGCUCAAGACUUUCUGCCUCUGGAUGAUCCUCUCAUACACAGAGAUUCUCCUUACAGGCUGACAAUUCAAUGUCGCUACCCAGCGAACCAGAGUAGUACUCUCGCUAUCCAGCACCCUUUGAACUCCUCUCUGGACCUUUCACCCAUGCCAGUCAAACGCACACGCAGGGAAGCUGCAAACACAGACCAAAGGAAAUGGAGAGUGAAUUUGGAGGGAUGGCAAAACCUUCGUCCAGUUUCAGUGUGGAUCACAUGGACGCUUGUCUCCAUUCUGCUGCUGCUGACGCUCUGCACACGGAUCUCUGCAUACUUGUCCUGUAAAUUAAAUAAAUGAACACUGUUUUAUUUUA